AUGAAAUCUUCAAAGUCGAUUUCAAGCAACAAAACUACAACCUCAAGUACUUCCUUCAUUCUCAAUACUUUACAGACUUCAAGAAAACACAAUCAUAAGCCAAGUAUUCAGCCUUAACAAAAGUCAACAUCAAUAAUGAAAAAACCUUUCAUAAUGAUAUCUCCCAAAUUAGUUUAGGUAUUUGAUGAGAACAACACUCAAAGAACCAAACUACUUUUUGAAAAUCGACUUUCCUUGUUGUAGACUAAUGUACAAUCUAAGUCUGAAUCUCAAAUUCCGAACAUUGAAGGCUAGAUUUUAACAUCCAGAGUGAGAAAGCGAACUGCUCCAAUUAGAUUAUCAUUGCGUUUUCCAACCCAACUUUGA